AUGAGUAGCUUUUCUCCAAGAUCACUUUCUAUCAGAAUAGUGGAAACUCCCAACUGUGGUCCCAGUCAGUUCCAGUGUCCAGUGUCAGGUCAGUUGCAGUGUCUUGACCUUGACCGGCGAUGUGACAUUCUCCAUGACUGCGACGACUACAGCGACGAGCUAGGCUGCGUCUGUGAACCUAACGAGUUUUCCUGCCCCAAUGACGGUUUGUGCUGGCCGUCUCUGUACAAAUGUAACGGGAGUCCGGAAUGCGUGGACGGCUGGGACGAAAGUCCGGAAGCCGGAUGCAUCUGUGAGUUCCAGUGCGGCAAUGGCAAGUGUAUCAAGAACACCAGUCGCUGUGAUAACCUGGGAGACUGUACUGAUUACACCGACGAGCUGGGGUGUGAAUGUUUCACCGAUGAGAUCCAGUGUCCAAAUACCGGUCUCUGUAUACCUCCCUCGCUCCGGUGUGACGGCUAUAACGACUGCGGUGACAACUGGGACGAGAAAGGGUGCGACCUCUGCCGGAACAACAAUGGCGGCUGUAGCCACUUCUGCGCAACUGUGAACGAUACCAAGGUUUGCUCCUGUCCUGCGGGAUAUAAUCUGCUACCAGAUGGCGUUACUUGUGCAGUGUCCUGUCCGUCCGACCACUCCCAGUGUUCAGACGGCAGCUGCAUCCGGGUAUCUCAGAUUUGUGAUGGUUCUAAUGAUUGCUUCGACGGCCAAGACGAGAGCAACUGUGACCCAUGUCGGGAAAACAACGGCAACUGUAGUCACACGUGUGUCGCUUUGAAUGUCACCCACAGGCAAUGUCUCUGCCCGCGCGGUUAUAGUACCUUGCCGGACGAAAGGACGUGUGCGAAGGAGUGCGCUAGAGGUGAAUUCAGAUGUGACGAUGGCAGAUGUCGUAUUGUUGACUUCUGGUGUAAUGGCUACCACGAGUGCCCGGACAGCAGCGAUGAAAAACCCGGAUGUGAGUGUCGUCCAGACCAGUUUCGGUGCAGUAACGGCCAGUGUAUUAUGCAGCACAAGGUGUGUGACAGGAUAUUUGACUGUCCGGGCGGAGAAGACGAACCAGCAAACUGCACUUUCUGUGAUAAUCAGUGGGGAUUCAAGUGUAAACCGUCCGGCGUGUGUCUCAGCUUUUACAGAACUUGCGACUUCAGGAACGACUGUGAGGAUUUCUCAGACGAAGCCAACUGCACGUGUGGCCCCGGGACCUUUGCCUGUAGCAGCGGACAUUGUGUUAGGAACACGUCAUUCUGUGAUGGCCAGCCUGACUGCCCGGAUGCUAGUGAUGAACCUAUCCACUGUGCCGCAGCUUGCAGUCCAGAUUUAUUCCGCUGCCACAAUGGAGAGAAGUGUGUGCCUCAGAACAAGCUUUGUGACGGCCAAAACGACUGCAAUGACUACUCCGAUGAGACUGUUUGUAACUGUACCACAGGUCAGUUUAAAUGUGCCACUGGACAGUGCAUAUCCCUGGCACUAACGUGUAACGGCUUUGACAACUGCGGAGACCAAAGUGACGAGAAACGAUGUAGUUGCCAAUCUGAUCAGUUUCGCUGCGCAAAUGGGAUCUGCCUGUCACGUGACAAGUUGUGUAAUGGCUUCGACGAGUGUACGGACAAUUCGGACGAACAAAGAUGUCCUUGUCGUACCGGGGAGUACAGGUGCGCAGACGGUUCCUGUAUCAUGAACGAGUGGCUGUGUGACGGCAAGGACGACUGCCCCGGAGGACAGGACGAACUAGGAUGCUAUGUGUGUAAUCCGGGGGAGUUCUCGUGCUCUAACAGGGUAUGUGUCUCUGGCGCCCUGCAGUGUAACGGGGUUGACGACUGUGGUGACAUGUCUGACGAGGACGGCUGUGGUAAGGAGACAUAUACAAUUAUUCAUAUUUAA